AUGGCCCGUAACGGCAACUCCAAUAGCGAGUCUGAGUCCCGAACCAGGGUGUCCAAUGUCGGGACCGUCGGAACUACCGCUAGCGCAGCAUCCCGUUCCAACGUUAAGCAGAGGCUCACCGCCGCACAACAACAAUACCUCAGGGACCUCACCAAGAAGAAUAUCACGAACAACCACCCAGAUCUCACUAUGAAGCCGGGCCCUGUAGACUUUGAAUCGUACUCGGACGAAUUUUUACGUCGUUACAAGGACCAUUAUGGAAUUGAUGCCCGGGACAACAUGACUCUAUCGGGGUACUUGCUUGGGUCCCAGAUAGGUUCCAGGACUUACUCAUAUCGUCAGAAUCAUUCUGAAACACCCCAUUCAAGGAUUGCUAAACGGGACCUCGCUUCCCAAGUCAGCAAGCAUUUCACCGCACACACAGUCAAAGAGGCCGACUGUAUACCGCAGUUCAUCUACAAGGUCAAGAACCAAAAAAGAAGGUUCAGAAUGGAGUUCAAAGGAUAA